AUGCCCGUCCAAGCCCUCCUUGCGGAUGAGAUCACCGCGGCAGGUGAUCUCAUUAUGGCCUCGAACGAGUUGAAAGAGCUGGAUGACGAGACCCACUGCGAUUGCGAGUUCUUUCGCAAAUACCAGCUACCGUGUCGCGAUAUUUGGGCUCAGCAUCAGCUCUUUGGGACGCUGAAAGAGGAGGAUUUUGACCGCUGGACGUUCAUGUGGGAGGACUCGGGCUUUGAGCUCUAUGAGGGUAUCACCUCGGAAUACUACGAGAGGGGUAUCGACGGUGAGAUUGGGGCGCCGGCGAGGCGUCGACUUGAUAUAAGCGGACUUUCAGGAGGAGGUGUAGGCCAAGUAUGGGGUGGUGGAAGGGGCAAAGAAUCCUCUGGGGGGGGGUCUCUACGACUAUGGAUAUGGGAACGACGGUAG